GUCCCACGCAGUUAUAUUAUUGAGUGGGGGUCUUCCUCUCUUUGCCCAAAAACAACUCAACAACACAACAAGACACAAGAAAAAAAGAAGCAGCAGCAGCUCUCUACGCAUCACCACCAAUACAAGCUAGCGCAAGCACAGCUUUUUUUUAUAUCAAACCAUUUUCUUUGUUUCUUUUCUCUUUGGCCGUGGCUGAGUUUCCAUGGCAGCUUCUGCUGUUAGCCGCAAGAUGCCGAACAUGCUUGGGGUCGAGCGCGAUCUGAAUCUCAAAGAGACUGAGCUGUGCCUUGGUUUGCCUGGUGGGGGCACUGUGCCUGAGCCAGAGACUCCCAGGGCUACUGGAAAGAGAGGCUUCUCUGAGACCAUUGAUCUCAAACUGAACCUUCAGUCCAAGGAAGAUCUGAACGAAAACGUCAAAAAUAUUGCUUCCAAGGAAAAAAACAACCUCCUUACUUGCACAAAAGAUCCAGCAAAGCCACCAGCUAAGGCACAAGUUGUGGGUUGGCCACCAGUGCGAUCAUACCGGAAGAACAUAAUGGCGCAGAAGAGCAGCAGCGAGGAGAGCACUGAGAAGGGAAGCGGCUGCAGCGCUGCGUUUGUGAAGGUUUGCAUGGAUGGUGCUCCAUAUCUUCGUAAGGUGGAUUUGAAGAUGUACAAGAGCUACCAAGAGCUGUCUAAUUCCUUGGCCAAGAUGUUCAGUUCCUUCACCAUGGGUUACUAUGGGCCCCAAGGAAUGAUAGAUUUCAUGAAUGAGAGCAAGUUGAUGGAUCUACUAAACAGUUCUGAGUAUGUGCCAACCUAUGAGGAUAAGGAUGGCGAUUGGAUGCUCGUGGGUGAUGUUCCGUGGGAGAUGUUUGUUGAUUCAUGCAAGCGCCUGCGAAUAAUGAAAGGAUCAGAAGCAAUUGGACUUGCUCCAAGGGCUAUGGAGAAAUGCAAAAACAGAAGCUGAGUUCGAUCAGUCGGUCUAGUAUUUUAAGCGCAUGCUGUGUCCAAGAGAUGGAGCAGGGUGUGUUUCUCUGAAUGUGUCUGUAUUUUUAUGCGAUGGUAUAUAGAUAGUAAAGAUGCUGGACAUUUGUAAUGGACAAGAAGCAAUAAACUUAACCUAGUGUCUGCCUUGUUUAUUGCUAUUGGAUUUCUUUAUAAUUACCCCCAUUAUUUUUUAUUGUUGACCUUGUUGUCAUAGUUGUUGUGUGUUUUAUUCCUUCAAAUUAAUGCUACGUUUUUUUCCUCUCGAAAGAUUCUUCA